AUGAUCAUCUCAUCUCGCGCCUCCAUGAUCCCGCAAAAGGGCCGCCACCAUCCACGGACGAGUUCUGAAAGAUUUCAAGGCAUCGAUAUGAUGAGCGAACCAACUGAACAGUCCAUAGUGUCUGAUCCAACAACUUUUGAAGAGGCCCGUAAAGGUGCAGCAGAGUAUCUUCAAUCGAGACUCUCCACCAAAGACAAACACACCAACGAUCGCGACCCAUUCCACAUCCCAAUCAUCGAUUUGACACCGUCGUUCUCCACCUCACUUAUUGAUCGCCAAAAUGUUGCCGAUCAAAUGAGGGAGGCCUGCAUAACAUCAGGCUUCUUCUACAUCACCGGGCAUGGCAUUCCAGAGUCCACACGUGAGGGCAUCUUGCACCAAGCAAAGCGAUUUGCACAUGACUUGCCAGUAGAGAAGAAGCAAGAACUCCACGUAAAGAACAACAAAUUUGGCCUUGGGUGGGAACCAAGUGAAUAUACAUCAAUAGCAGGUGAUAAAGAAUCCAAAGAUGUCUUCAACUUCGCCUACGAAGAAGCGCUAGAUAGAAGUGGUGGUGACGGUCUGUAUCGUAAUCUCGACGGCUCGAAGAAUAAAGCAAACAUGUGGCCUAGCGAGACAGAUCUCCCAGGGUUCUAUGAAGCUGUCAAAGAGUACUACGGUGCUAUUCUUGACCUAUCCCGUCACAUAUUCAGACUCUUCGCACUAUCCCUUUCUCUCCCAGAAUCCUACUUCGAUCCCUUAACCACCCACCCAGGGGGCAUAUGCCGCCUCCUCUACUACCCACCCCCCGCACACCCUCUCCCCACAUCUCCUUCCUCCUCAGAAGACAUCUCCCCCAUCGGUCUCGGCGCGCACUCCGAUUACGAAUGCUUCACCCUACUCCUCACCUCCACGACUCCCGGUCUCGAAAUACUCACUCCCUCUGGCACUUGGCAUAUUGCCUCGCAUAUCCCAGGCGCUUUCAUUGUGAACAUUGCGGAUUUCCUUAUGCGCUGGACGAAUGGCUUGUACAAGAGUACGGUGCAUAGGGUUGUGAAUCGCAGUGCAGAGCCGCGCUAUAGUGUCCCAUUCUUCUUUUCAGUGAAUUACGAUACUGUGGUUGAAACCCUGCCAGGGUGUUUGAAGGAGGGGGAGACGCCGAAGUGGAAGCCGAUUCGGGCGGGCUCGGGGUUUCAAUUAUGUGCAAUCUCUGCGCCCUACAGGAAUAAUCGGAUUGUACCCUCGAAGUUUUACUAUCCAGCUUAUGACUACAUUGUCCCGUCUUGA